CAUAUGUCGAUUAUCGUGGAUCCGCGCGCAGUUGACCCACGGAAACUCAUUAAUUUACGGUGUCGGAUAUCCUAUGAUGGAUCCUCGAUUACACAUUGAAGCUCAAACAUUGAUGGAACGCAAAUGGGAGCGGACAGACCAGAACCGCGUCUUGGGAGCUCCGCGGCAUUUACACCCUGAAAUGGCGCGUUUGUCAGAGAUCCCGAGUCCCACCCGAUUCCUGAUAGCCGAGCAAGGGCCGAACGAACAAAGCGACAGGCAUUGGAACCGUGUCGUAUGCACGGGGUCGAACUCCAUAGGAGGCGGAGUUGACCGCGGCUUCUGACAUCCAUGCCUGCCCCUCUUCUCUCGCGCUCAUCAAAGACGACACAAAUACGCCAACCCUUCCUGUUUGGAAGCCGAUUGAGGAGAAACUUUCACGCUGCCACCACAGGCAUUGUAUUGUCCUCAUUCUUCUUUAAAACACAAGAAGCGAUUCCGUCACAAUGGCUCCAAUUAAGCCGCAUUGGGUGCAGCCAUCCCACCCCGAUAUCCAGGAGGUCAUCAUCAACGAGGCCGAGUUCACCACCAAGAGCAUCUCCAAGAUCGCUCUCCCUCCGUUUGGCUUGUUCGCCAAGCUCGAAUUUCCGCCCUGCACCGUGGCCGCCGAGCCCACGUAUGCGACGGUUCAGAUGGGCCGUGACAAACAUCUGGAUCUCAACAGCGACUUACUGUACAUUAACCACUCGUGCGAGCCGUCCCUGAUCUUCGACACCGCCAGCAUGAACGUCAUUGCAGGCCCGAAAGGGCUACAGCCCGGCGACGAGCUGACGUUCUUCUACCCCUCCACCGAGUGGCACAUGGCGCAGCCCUUUGACUGCUUGUGCGGCACCCCCUCCUGCCGCGGCCGCAUCGCCGGCGCCCGGGACAUGACGGUCGAGCAGCUCCGAGGCCUGUGGCUGAACGGGCACAUUCGCGAACUGCUCGAGGAGCGCGAGAGCGCAAAGAAGCACACUACUGCCAAUGGCAGUACCACCCCCACCAUCACCACCACCGCCACCGUCGUCAAUGGCAACGGCAACGGCAACGGCACCGGCUUCAAGGCGUCUGAGAAUGGCACCGACAGCCACCCAGCCACCACAGCCGACCAGACAGUUCUCGCCCUGCGCGAGGCUCUGGCCCAUGCGGAAAAGGUGGUCGACGCCGCCCGCCUGGCCCUCGUGUCCUACGUCCAAGCUCUCCAGCUGGCCGGUCUCGGAGGAGCCCACAACAAGCAGGCCAACGGUUCUUUCUCGUCCUUCCAGACCGGCAACGGCUUUGACGCGGCCAAGCCUGCCAGCAUCCAGGAGCCGGCCGGGGCUCAGCGCCGCGGCCCGACGUCACGGGAACUGAGCGGCGAGAUGGGCGGGGAUACGUCAGUGCUUGGCUAGGCGGGGGUUGGUGUAUGCCGGGACGGCUGUGGAUUUUCAACAAUGAUGCGGCUGUCUGGCGUGCACUGACGGAGGUUCUUUUGGGUAUUUGUCUGUGGGCUUGUUUUCUGUUCUGAUCAUGGUUUGAUAUUAGCACUAAAGAGGGCGACUUGGAAAAAGCGGCCGUCGUGGCGCUACAAUACAACGUGAUGCCCUCUAUACUCCUGGCUUUCCCGCUUUAUGGCUCAAAACU